CCGGUUCGACCAAGUCACGUUCCGCGCGGCGGUCUACGACAAAGAGUACGAGUACGACUUGCGGUUGGACAUUGUAGCUUUGGUUUGUGUUUAUGGGUUCGGUUCCGGCGAAGAAAUGGAUAAAGCUACAACGGAGUUGAUCCAGCCGGAGGAACCGUUGAAGCUGUCCCGGCUCGGCAAUACCCCGUUUUCGAUCGAGAACCUCAUCGCGGGCAGUACGACGACUGCGACACGGAGUCAAUCUCCGGUCGAGCGGUUCACCGGUGAUUCCGCGGGUCAGUAUCUGGCCGCCGGGUACAACGCCGCCGCGAUGCUGUCCUUUACGAACUUUCCGCUGUACAAUCCGUGGGUCGGCUAUCUGUCCCAGACGGCCAACGAGAAGCUGUCCCAACUGUUUGCCCUCGGUGGAAGUGCUGCUGUUUCAAGUGCUGGUGAUAAACAACGUGUCGCUCAUAAAUCAGGAGUAGGAGUGGGACCAAGUGAUCCGACGCCGGAGUCUGCCGGUAAUGGCCUGGAACAGUACUUUGGGGCUGCCAACGUGAGGCGGUCCUUUUACGGGGAAAGUGGAACCAACAACAGUGGAAGAAUAUACCUGAGGAAUUUCAAUAGUGACCUUGCGGCGACCGGAACAGCCGGACAGCCGGAUUCAGUGCAGCAGGACUCGCAGGAUUCGAGUCGGCAGUCGUCGUACUUGAACAUUGACAGGGACGAUGAGGGGGAAGAGGGGGAGAUGAUAAGAGGGGGAGGUGGAAUCGAUAGUAACGACGAUGGAUCGUACAGUGACGAUAUUAGUUUGUCCAUGUCGCCGACGGGUUGCGGGAAAAGUGGAGAUCUCGACGAGUCCGACUCGGAAGCGUGCUCCGACGACGAGGCGAACCCAAAAUCCUCGGGCGGCGGCGCUGGCGACAACUGCUCCAAGUCCCGCCGGCGACGAACUGCCUUCACCUCGGAACAGCUGCUCGAGCUGGAACGGGAAUUUCAUGCCAAAAAAUACCUUAGCCUUACGGAGCGCAGCCAGAUCGCGACCAGCCUCAAGCUGAGUGAGGUCCAGGUAAAAAUCUGGUUCCAAAAUCGACGCGCCAAGUGGAAACGGGUCAAGGCCGGUCUUAACUCGCACGGACUGGCCAAUCGGGGCGCCGGAGGAGCAGGUGGACCCGACGGAGCUGGAACCGGAGGCGGUGGUACCAAAAUCGUAGUUCCUAUUCCGGUGCACGUGAACCGGUUCGCGAUCCGGUCGCAGCACCAGCAGAUGGAGAAGAUGAACCUGGUUGGACCGAAGGCCGAGCUGCGGAAAGAUCUCGGACUGGAACCGAGCAGCUUCGAGCGGUUCGGACUGGCCAAAGUGAUUGGAGCACCGAAACCUCAUCCGCCGCCGGCGGGUACUUUUUGAGAGGCGCGCGAGCGCGAGUGUGUGAUAGAUUCUAGUGAGUGCAUGUGUUUUAAGGUUCCCUCUCAGAUUGUAGAUAUUUGUGUAUUAAGUUUAGAAUUUUACCACGAGAGCAAUUUCCUCAUUAGCUGGUAAUCACCGUUUGACGAGGGGGUUUAAUAAAUUAGAGUAAACGAUGUACUUCAAUUUGCGCGUAAUCGCCGCGCCAGUAUGCAAGCAAAUCAUUGUGAGUUUUGUGUAAUUGGGAAUUGUGCAUGUGUGCAUGUGAGACCGAUUAACGGUGCAAUUGAGUGUGCCACUUUGCGAUGGACACAUAUUUUGGGGACAUUUACAACAGACAGCAAUAAGAGGCAGCGAGCAGGGGAGGGGAGUAAGAGAACGAGUGGAAUGAAAUCCACUUGGAUUUAAUAAAGAACAUCCAAUUCUAUAAUUGUACAGUAA